CUUCACAUAUAUUAGAUCUGAUGAAAGCCAUCAGUCGACGAAUGAAUGCAUGUCUGUCAUCAUGUCAUUGGACGUGUGGCUAUCAUCCAUCACUUCAGGGACCCCGAUAAAUUCAGUCUCAUGGAACGCCAUGCAUGUCUCACAGGCACACAAAACACUCACUGCAUGACACACUACAAACCAUGCACUGACAUUACAUACACUGUGCAUGUGAGAGAUGCGAGAGCCACAUAAAUACGCACACACACACAUACAGAGAUAGAGAGGAUCUACACAAAACCGAGAGGAUUAGAGCUGAGAUCCACGCAAAAGGGAGAGGGAAAAACGUACAAAGGCCCACUAAUUGUCCAUUCCACGCACUGCUCACUCGUCGUAUGCAUUUGCCUAGAGGUAUGAGAAAAGACAGACAUCCUCACACAUGAGUUCCACGCCAAAGAGAGAAGGCAAAACGUGCAAAGGAUGCCAACGAAUUGUCCGUCCAUUCCACACACUGUUCAUUCAGUCAUCACAGAGGCCCUGCUCGUACACGGUCCCCGAGUCCUCCUUGCUGCACUGCCGGCGACAGAUGGGACACGGCAUCUUCCUGCCGGUGUGCGUCUUCUUGAGAUUCUCGAAACAACCUGAAUGCCCACAUGAAUGAGACCAUCAAUCCGUGAUACACAGCGGCUGGUCUGACAGGCACCCACCCAGCCAGCCACCUGUGCAGAGGCACUUGUGCCGGCAGGGCAUCAUGAUGAUGACAUUGGGCUCCUCCUGGCACACCACGCAUGAUGUGAUGUUCUGCUUGGGCUUGCCCCUCUCCUCAUCCAGCUGCUGCUGCAUCUCAGCAAUCUUCUUGGCCGUCGCCUCCUCCUGACGCUUUAGCUGCUCGGCUGCCUCCUUCUCACGCGCCUCGCGCUCGGCCGCGAUGCGCCGCUCCACGUCACGCUGGAAGUCCUCACUCUCGAGCCGCCUCUGGUGGUCGCUCGAGCGCACCAGGAGCUCCUUUGAGACGCUGGAUCUCAUGCGAGGCGGCCAGCUGGAAGUCCAUGACGUCCUCGAGCGACCUGAGGGUGGUCAGCUUCUCUCUGGUCAGCCUGACAGACAGAAGAGAGACAUGGAGAGAGAUGGAUGAAGUGGCAAGGAUGGCUGUGGGUGUGGUGUGCCCCACCGCUCCCCGUCGCGUCGCUUGAGCUCGUCGUGCUGCUCGAUUAGGCCCCGCAGACGGGUCUCGGAUGCCUCACGGUCGGUAGCGGCCUGGCCGACCUCAUACACCAACCUGCAGCAGCAGCAGGCGGCACAGAUGCACAAGAAUCCAUCUCUUUUGGCCAUUUCUCUCUGCGCUUUCUCACUUGGCGAUGUCCUGAUCGAUUUCCUCCAGCCGCUUGGACGCCAGCACACACUUCUGGGGGAUCUCGAGGGCGCUGCUCUCCAGCUCCUCCAGCCAUUGGACAGACUCGCCUGCCGCAGCAGAUGGAGGGCUGGUCGGCGAGGGGGCCUCUGGAGGCAAGUAGGGGCGAAGCUCCCUGUCAUGUGUGUCGGGGGCCGGCUCCUCCGAUGACGAUGACCCAUCAGGAGUGUUCUGGGCGAGAUGCACCAGCUGGUCGCUACUCGAGAGCACGAGCGCCUGCAGCACGUUGAAGCGGCCGUUGAUAGUGUCCUGGAAGUACUUGACGUCAUCAGCAGUGGCCUUUAGGUCGAGUUCGUCGUCGGUGAGGCUGCAGCAGGAAAGACAGAUACAUGAAAGGGGGAUAGUGUAUGGAUGGGUUACGGCUGCGCGUACGUGGGGUUGGCCAUCUUGAGUCUGUCGUUUUCUUCGGUCAGGCGCUGCUCGUGGGAUUUCGACGCCUCGGCCAUGGCCUUCUCAGCCUGCAGCUUCGCUUCCAGACUGCCGCAUUCACACAGCCACAAACAGGCGACUAUGCCUCACGCGAGUAUUCGUGUGCUCAUCGUCUGUGCUCACUGGUUCUUCUGCUUGUAAGCUGAGUUGGCGUCACUCUUGAUGACCUCCCACCGAUCCGCAGCCGACUGCAGCGAAGCGGCGAUCGCCUCCUGCUGCUCCCGGUCCUCGUCAUCCGCAGCAGCACUGCACCCACACACAUCAGACAAGGAGACGCAUGGCGAUGCGGCCUCUUCCAUAUCUGUGUGUAUAUCUGUGCCGACCUCGGUGCGGGCGGCGGGGGAGCGCUCGACGAAGAUGACGGCAUGGCAUCGAUCUCAUCCUCAAGACUGCCACGCACACACAAUGGCGGCUGGUUGCCGUAACGGAUGCCUGGAGGGCCGGACAGAGGGCCACAAGGCGUCUCAGAACCAACACCAGAGCCGCAGGAAAGCCAGGAUACCAUCGAUGUGUGUUGUCUACGUGUGUCGCAUCUUGACAUUUACUUACGGGCCUGUGACGUCGUCUGCAUCACUCAGCUGGGGUGCCGAUGCGGCACCUCCACCCGCCGCUUUCUUGUUCUUGUCUUUCUUCUUUCCUCUCUUGGCCCCGCCCGUUGACGCAAACUCGACGCUGGCAAGAGGGGAUGGUCGGCCUGCAUGAUCCUCCAGGCUGCACACACACGGAACAAAAAACACAUUGGUAUGACACACAUGGCCGUGUUGUUGUUGUGACGCCUGACCUUUCCUUUUUGUCGAUGCAUCCGUUCAGGUCGGCCCGCAGCUGAGCCGUCACAUCAGCCGGGCAGAACCUGCGCACACACAGCCACAUUGACAGCUACAGACCACACAGUCGAUUGGAGCUAUGUUUGGGAGUCACUGGUCGUGUCGGGCUGACGUCUGUGCGGAGGAGGGCCGGUCGGCGGGCGUCGUGCUGACCGUCGAUGACGCCGGCGGGUCGGCAAAUGAGGACCUGACGGACGGAUGACACACACACACACACACACACGACAGAGCGUCUCACUCCGCGUGUGGUGGGUCUCCUCUGAGUGUCUUACGAUGAGCUGGACGGCCGCUGGGCAGCAAACAAGUGGCGGGCCGGCGCGCCAUGAGCAGGGGAGAGAGGGAGAGGGGGCAAUGGCGAAGGGCCGACACCCGCUCGAGGCUCCUGGCUGAGGACGUGUUGCUGGUGGCGGCCACUCGGGGCGUCAGAGAAGGCCGGCUCGACACUGUGCGCCACACACAGAAGGACAGCAGAUGGGGGCCACUGGUGAGAAGUGUCGGUGGCUCUGUCUGCACCUGUCGCUGCGUGUGUCUGGCGGGCAGCUGAGCGGCGCAGCAGCUUCCUCCGUCACCUGAUCUACUUCUUCAGUCUGGUGCUGUGUGUCGUCGGCCUCCUCCGUCUCGCCAUCUGCCGCUGACUCGGCCUGCUGAGCCGCCAAUCGCUGAAGGCAAUGACACACACAUGCAGUAUCCAUGUGUGCAGCGGUGCACGGCACCUUGAGACGCUUCUGCUCGCGCUUUCUGGCGGCCUUCUCCUCCUUCUUGCGGGCCAUCUCCUCCUCUCGCCGCACUUCGGCAGCCGCCGCCUUCUGACGGGCCUCCCGAUGAGCCAUCAACACGUCCACACAAGACUGAACACACCAAACAAAUGAAGCGGCUGACGUGGUGUGCCUUCCUCCUGUCUGCUGACCUUCCGGCCCAAAAGGCGGGCGACAUCGAGGGGUGUAUGUCCACACAUCUCGACGGCCUCAGCGUCCAGUUCCCUCUCCAGCAGCCACUUGACAAUCCCGGACCACCCAUUGGCAGCCGCCCAAUGCAGCAGAGACCAGCCCGUCUUGGUACGGCUGUGCAGACUCAGGACGGGCCUCUUGCGACGCCCUCCAUUGCCCUCGGCCGGUGCGCUGCGCGUCAGGCCGCGGCGUUCGAGCACAUCCAGGGUGGCCACUGCACGCGACUGCCGGGCCUUCUCCUUUUGCUCUGCCUCCUUCGUCGAUGUGCCGCCGGCCGCCUGUGGUCCCGCCUCUUGCGCAAGAUCGUCGCUGCCGGCCCGUCUGCCCUUGCUGGCGGCCUUCUUGCGGCUCUUGUGACUGCCCACCGUGGGCUCAGGAUGGGGCCGGGGAGCUGUCGCCACACACAAGGGCGUUAGCGCGGGUCAGUCUGGCUCAAUCGACCAGCCGCUCACUGUCGUUAUCUUGGUUGCCUUCCGGGUCCUCGUCUGCGCCGACGCAGGCUAGCUGAAGGAUGUUCAGGCCCGCAGGGAAGUCCCCCUCAGAGAGGACUGACGGGUCGGCAUGCGGCUGCUGCAGAAGGUAGUCGAGGAUCUCAUGGCGAUGAUAGAAAGCAGCAGCACCUGAAGACACCAAGUCAGACCUGUGUCCAUCCGGCAUUCCUCAUCUUAUUCUGUCAUGCCCUGUCCUCUCGACACUCACCGACAGCCGAUGACUUCAUAACUUUUCUGGUUUCACCGCCCAAAAACACCGGACCGAUUUCGUUGACGUCGGCAUUGGACUCGACCAGCGACUGCAGAGGCAGACAGACAGGCAAGCCCAUGAGAGGCGGCCAAGUGGUCUCAUGUGGCCUCUCUACUGGCGUACCUUGACGAUCUGCGGCGCAGAAUGAGCAUCAGACGCGACUGCCAGAAUCAGCAAAGGCGUCCGCACAUACCCUGAUGCCAUCCAGACGUAAUCAGACAUCACCCUUCGAUCUUGGUUUGCUUAUUCACUUACGGUCAGGCUUGAUUCUCUCGCCAUCGAAUGGCUCGAUGUUCGCGGGCGAAAGGUCUCGCCAAUUGUGGAUCCGCCGGUCCCUCGCCCGCACCAGCCCCACCGACAGACCCCCGUCGCCUUCCUCCUCCGUCGGCUUGAUGAAGUUCCCCCGCAGCAGUGUGUCGAGUGACCCAGCCGAGCCGUACCAGACGGAUGACUGGAGGGCCUGCUUCAGCACGAAGCCGUUCAUGUAGGAGACCAAGGGAGUGAAGAGCCAUGUUAGAAGCGAGAAGCCCUCCUUGAGAUCGACGGGCUUGCAUUGAUCCGCAAGCUGAUCCUCUUUGCAUGCCUCACGGAUCCCUCGCGCUCUGGCCUUCAUCUCCAUCAUGCCCUUGGUCGCCUUCUCACGCAGCUCCUGCCUCUUCCUCCCGUGUGCCGCGGCCGCUGGCGAGUCGACACCGCCGCCCUCCUCCAUCGCACCAGCCGCAGCCGCCUGUAUCCAUCCAUCCACACAAACGGUGCGGUCUGUGUGUGUGUGUGUGGGUGCCCCUGCCAUAUAUGUGUGGGGCGAUCUUUCGCUUGCCGUGGGGAGGGAAGGCGCUCCCGUGCUGAGUCCUGCAGCAGUGCUGGUGGCCGAACGCCCCGAUUGGGCAGGGAAAUGCUUCAGCAGCACGACCUCGGACCCACUCACUGUCACGGCUUAUUGGACGCCAUUCCUUGAGCUGACCUUCCGGCCGAAUAGAUGUGCGACGGCGAGAGGCGUAUCGUUGAACUUGUUGACAGCCCCAGGGUCCGCCCCCUUUGAGCAGCCACUCGACCAGGCUGCACCAGCCGCUGCCGGCCGCCAGGUGCAGAGGCCUUUCGCCAUAUGAGUCCCUGCCGUUGAUGUCGAAGAUGCCGCUGCAAUUCUCGCCGUGCUUGAUCAGUCCCUCCGCAUCGAGCACCUCGAUAGUGGCCAGGGCCUCCUGCUGUUGCCCCUCCGGCUGCGCAUUCGGGUUGCCCAUGCAGACCAGCUGAAGCAAGUCACAAGAAAGGUGGACGGGGGGGCCUGAGAAGGAUGGAGGGGGCACAAACAGGGACGCAGGAGGUCAUUCGUUGAUAGAUGGGGUCUGUGGUACCUACCGUGUCCGCGCUCAAACGUCACGACUGCCGGCACUGCGGGGUCGGCUCUUGCCUCACGAAGAAGGAAACCGAGGAGAUCAGGACGGUGCCAAAUGGCAGCCGCACCUGCACACACACACGGAAGGCAAUGCAAUGAGGCUGUGUUUCACCAAUAUCUUUCCUUGCCGCUUACCGACGGCGGAGGUGUUGUAGCUGAUCUUGCCGUCAAUCACCUUUGUCUGGCCGGCAUAGCCUCGCGCAUUCACAUCGGCGUUGUACGCCAGCAGCGUCUGCAUAACACAGACACACAGACGUAUCCUUACACGCAGCCAGCACGACGGGCUCCGGGCGUACCUUCAUGGUCUGGAUGGGCGCGUUGGCCACGGCCGCCUGGACGACAAGGGGGGACGGCACAUAGUCUGAACACACAGACAAGAUCCACACCAACGUGCAGUAAGUGCCGAGCCGUCCAUACCUCUGUCUGCCUCUCUGUCUGCCUGUCUGUCUGUCUGCGGACCUGCGGUGACUAGGUUGAGAGGUUCAUCACGGUACAUGCACGAUGGAUCGAGAGGAUCCAGGGUCAGGUCGCUCCACUGGAGCACCUUCCCGCCCCUCUUGGUCCGCACCUCCCCCACAGCCAGCCUCCCCUUGUCCUUCUCGGUCGGCUUGACGAGCGUCUCGCUGAGCAGCGACUCGAGCGACCCGGCCGCACCGUGGACCACACACGCCUGCAGGGCGUGGCGAAAGAGCACACCGCCGAGGAGGGAGGGGUCGGGGAAGCCGGGAUUUGGCAGCAGCUCGAAGACGAGCUGGUGGUCCUCCUUGGACUGCACGGCCUUGCGCUGAUCUUCUGCCACCAGCUGAUCGUGGGCGUACAUCUCCCGCACCGCCCGCAGCAUGGCCGUCAUCUUCUGGCCGUUCGGGUCCACCCGCUUGAGAGUCUCAUCCUGCCAGCGCGCGAUAAGCUCGUCAAGCUCCUCCACCAGAUCGGGCGUCGCAUCGCGGGAACCACCCUUCUCGGGCCGUGAGUGCCGCUCGUCGGCACCGCCCCCGUCCUCACCGUCCGGCCCAUCGUCGUUGUGCAUCCGCCCGCGAGCCGUCCCCUUGGUGGCCGCCAACCGAGUUGGCCCGCCGGGCGUGCCGAUGGCGCUGCGGAGAUUGGCCGGGAAGAGGAAGGACGACGAGCUGCCGACGGGGGAAUAUGCCUUACCCUGAUGCUGGGAGAGGUCUCUGUCUAGCAGCCUGGUAGACUGCCGGCUGGGGUCCUCUGGCCGCCGCUUGUCGCGCCUCUCUUCGGCCCUCUGCACCGACGAGUGGGCUGCGGGAGGGGGCGGGGAGGGGGCUGGGGUACGGGCUAUGGUGUUGAUGGUCGUCUCCGCGUCCGCCGACACAAAAGACGCGCUGCUGUCGGUGGUGCUGCAGAGGGGAUUCCAUCUGACGAAGUAGAACCACAGGCUGCCCGCUCCCCAGGUGCACUUGACAGACACCCCGGCGGCGGAUCCAUCAUACAGCCAGUCAGAGGGAAGCACCUCCACGGCUGACAGCAGGACGAUGGUCUUGGGGUGGCUGCCGACGACCACUCCGCGGUCCAUCAGCUCGUCCACCACCUUCUCUGCGAUUGUGCCUAGGUUCACUCUGCGGCUGCCCGUCUCGUGGGGGUGCCCCUCCUCGCACGCCUGCUUCAUCGUCAUGCGGACCGCCGUCUCGAAGUGCCCCUUCUCCUCUGGGGAUACCGAUGUCGGUGCGGAGGGGUCGCCGGCCUCACGCCCGUCGGCCAAACUCACACAGAGGGGCUGCACGGAGGCAAAUGCAGAGAAGCCAUGAACAAGUGCGCGAGGAUGAUUUGUGAGCUUCCUUACCCCGCGUCUAUACGGCGGACACCAGGGAGCGGAUGCUCCGUAUGGAUCGCUCCGCACGCGCACGCACAAGACUCGAUGAUGGAGCAUGUGUUGCCUGAGGCUGGCAGCGACCUCCUCCUUCCACUCGCCAUCAGGUCGGGAAAGGGACCCAUGCGCCUGAUCGGCGACCUUCGACAACAUCCGUGCUGCCUCGUCGGGGUGGAUGGGAGGGACGAUGUUGCCAUGCUGACUGCGAAGCAAGUUGCGCUUGUAGUCCGCCUUACUGACGCCCAGCGCACCUAAGGUCUUCGUCUGAUGCAGAUAGAGGUCGGGCCGCUGCACACACACAUCCACAGCCAUGUCCGCAAGUCGGUCCGCAACCUGCUGUGUGUUUCGAUGUGUGCGCACCUUCAGACGGUCUGCCAGCCGCUGCCGCUCGAUGAGCCCGUCCUCGUUGCUGCCCUCCCCCAAAGUGUCCUCAGGUCUGGCGGGCAGCUGCAGCGUGAGAGGGACGAUAUGUGACAAAAUAGAGGGGACGGCAGCCUCCUCUUCGGCAGCACUGGUAGCGUGGCCGGCGGAGCCGCCGGGCAAAACAGGGCCUCCAUCUUCGGUGUUCUUGCCCUCGUCGAGAGGCCUCUUGCCGACAGCCAGGCCUUUCCGCAGUUUCUUGGGUAAGCCAUCCAUCGGCGCAGGCAGAUCGCAACUCACUCUCGCAACAAGGCCUCUGCUCUGUUGAUGCUGCCCCCUU